AUGAAGCAACAUGCUGAUAAGCGUCUCCAGGCUUUCCUAACCAGGUUUAACCUUACCAAGAGCAUGGUUAUUGAAUGUUACCCUUCAACGGCAGUUCAAGCAUUCAUACUGGCCAUGAACCGUGGCACCCCAUUCCACACAAGCUUGGUGGUGAACACACCGAAGACUAUGGAUGAACUUAACGUAAGAGUCGAUGGAUUUGUGCGCUUGGAAGAAGAAGAGGCGGCAAACGCUCGGAAGACUUCCGUCAUAUCUACGGAAGAAAAGACCAAAGCAAAGAUCAGGCAAAAACAGGUUCAGCCGCAACGCUCCUCGUGGAAAUCUGAGAAAAGGCCCAGAGAGGAAGAGCUGACUAACGAAUGCAGGAACCUAAGGAAACAGGUAGAGAUACUGAUAGCCAGAGGGGAGUUCGCAAGUUAUAUUCAAGGACCAGCGGUAGAACAGAACCGACCAAUGGAGCACGUGAAGAAGAAUCAGAAGUUAAAUUUUCACAACACGCAACCAGUUCGAGUAAUCAAUGCAAUUCACGGUCGGCCAGAACCUGCCGAGGAGUCAGAUGAACUGCUUCGAACACGCCUUCGCCAGGCACAGAUGAAGAGAAGGAUAGGCAGUGUAAACACUCUGCACCGACAGAGCGCAUCAACGCAGAUAAAGUUUGAUGUAACAGACUUGUUGCGUGUUCAGAUCCCUCAUGAGGACCCGCUGGUCGUAAGUUUGACAGUGGCCAAAUGCUUGGUGCGCAGAGUUCUAAUUGACCCCGAAAGUAGUGCGAACAUCAUGCCAAGGGAUACAUUCGAUCUACUCGAGAUCAAACAGGAUCGGCUGAAAUCCACCGGGAAUCCACUACUAGGGUUUGAUGAAAAGCGAGUGGAGCCCGUCGGUACGGUGGAGGUAGCGGUACAUGCUGCCGAGAGGAUUUUGAUGGAAACCUUUGUGGUUGUUGAAAUUCAUCCCUCUUACAAUCUUCUGAUGGGCAGAGGGUGGAUCCACAGAGUUCAAGGUGUUCCUUCCACUCUGCAUCAGGUAAUGAGAUGCCUAGGGCCAGACGGAACCAAAGUGAUUGACAUUCAUGGAGACCAGGUUGCAGCUAAAGAAUGUUAUUCUGUAACACUGAAACAUGCCGGAAAGGGAAAAGCUCCCAUUCGUUCAAUUGAUCAGUUCCGACCGGAAUGGACAACCAGAGUGGGGGAACGACUCGUUGAGGAGGAAAAGCAGGAAUUAGUUGAUUUUUUGUCUCAAAACGCAGAUGUGUUUGCAUGGAGUCACCUAGACAUGCCAGGGAUCGAUCCUUCUGUAUCUUGUCACUCCUUGAACAUUAACCCCAAUGCAAAACCUGUAAAGCAGAAGCAGCGACGGUUUGCCCCCGAGCGCAACUGA